AUGUUUGGCUUUACUACUACAAUCACAUUGGCUAUUCUCUGCCUAGCCAAACCAUCACUUUCGAGACCUGUCCCUAGAAAUGAGAAAGGAGAACUUAGUAAGAUCUCGUCAUAUCCAUCUAGUGAUCAGAAUACUAAUGCUUUACUAGUUGAUAUCAAUAUUCAACUCAUACCAGGACUAGACAUAGGAGUAACUGUUGGUUGUGGUGAUAAUAUUGUGGAUGUGAACUUCAACUUCAUGCAUUUGCCCUUAAUUCCUUGUACGAACACCCAGAAAUCGAUUUCAACAACCGGUGUGAAGUUGCCGUUGAUAGGCAGAAAUAUGAAAAGCAAACCCAUGGACUUGCCAACUUUGCCAAAUUCUACUGGACGUGUAAAGGCCACAGAUUCGUCUAUCCGAAGUUUGCCCAAUACCUCAGCGUCAACAUCAAUUAGCACAUCACAAUUCAUCGGUUCUAUAGCAGCUAUAGAUUUGUUAAUUACCAAGUCUUCUAUCGUCAGCACAACUACAUCCAUCAAGAUCGACUCAAGACGGCUCCACACACAUCAUCGUACAUUGGCAGCCAAUCUCCCACCUACCAUAUUCAUAGAAUCUAUUCCUACCUCGACGAAUUCACCCAAGAUAAAACAUACUCAUCACCGGCUAACGAAAACUUCCAAUGUCAUACAGUAUACAUCUGCACAUCCUCAUCCCUUACCAGCUCAGAUCCUAAUCAAGAGAUUGGGAACAACAGCAAAGUCAUUGACAAUCGACUCGCACACAGCUAAACCAAUAUCCGCCCAGAUCUCACCUCCGCAAACGAGAUUUUCCACAAUACCAGUCAACUCUAUAUCGGGAGAAAAGACUACCUUGAUAACAAAAGCCACAAAAAGCUCAUCGAUAAGAAGGGCUACUUGGCAUCCGCCCGCGGAGACUUUAUAUCCUCCUGUGGCUGAGCGUGAACUACCAAAUAAAGGUUAG